UCGUGAUAAAUCGAUCUUUCUCCAACCAGUUCAUACAUUUCCUCGUCGAAGGUUCUAGACUGCUUCGAGUUUAUUUCUUAGUGCGCGAGAAGUUCCUGGAAGUUUAAUUACAGCGUAGCUGCUACGACAGAGAUCCACGCGUCCGUGUGAGAUUGAUUUUACCAAGUUUUUCGUUGAUUGUGUUCCAGGGGUAUUGAUUAUUUCUGAGAACUGAUUAACUGGAAAAAUGGUGAAAGAAACCAAGUUUUAUGACAUCUUGGGUGUCAAGCCAGGAUGUUCACAGGAUGAUCUGAAAAAGGCCUACAGAAAGUUGGCCUUAAAAUACCAUCCUGAUAAGAACCCCAACGAAGGGGAGAAGUUCAAACAGAUAUCUCAAGCAUACGAAGUCCUCUCUGAUCCUGAGAAAAAGCGUAUAUAUGACCAAGGUGGUGAACAGGCCCUCAAAGAAGGCGGUGUUAGUGGAGGCUUCUCUAGCCCCAUGGACUUGUUCGACAUGUUCUUCAGUGGGGGCUUUGGGGGAGGCAGAGGCAGGAGGAGAGAACGUAAGGGUAGGGAUGUCGUUCACCAGCUCACAAUAUCCUUGGAAGAACUCUACAAGGGCACAGUGAGGAAGCUGGCUUUACAGAAGAAUGUUAUCUGUGAUAAAUGUGAGGGUCGUGGUGGGAAGAAGGGAGCAAUCGAGCAAUGCCCUACCUGUCGGGGAACUGGGAUGCAAGUGCAGGUUCAACAGUUAGGACCAGGGAUGCUGCAGCAAAUCCAGAGCGUGUGCCCAGAAUGUAGAGGUCAAGGCGAGAGGAUCAACCCGAAGGACCGUUGCAAGCAGUGCCAAGGCAAGAAGGUAGUGAGAGAUCGUAAGAUCCUAGAGGUUCACGUUGACAAAGGUAUGACCGACGGCCAGAAGAUUAUUUUCAACGGCGAGGGUGACCAGGAACCCGAUCUCGAACCCGGAGAUAUUAUUAUCGUACUGGAUGAGAAAGAGCACUCCGUAUUCAAACGAUCGGGCAACGACCUUAUCCUGCGGUUGGAAAUCCAGCUCAUAGAAGCUCUUUGCGGUUUCCAGAAAGUUAUAAGGACUCUAGACGACCGUGAUUUGGUAAUAACCACCCUCCCGGGUGAAGUCAUCAAACACGGAGAUGUGAAAUGCAUUUUGAACGAGGGUAUGCCCCAGUACAAGAACCCCUUCGAGAAAGGUCGUAUGAUCGUACAGUUCUGGGUGCAGUUCCCUAAAACGCUGCCUCCGGAGGUGAUUCCGGCGUUGGAAAACGCCCUGCCGCCAAGAACCGAAUGCAUGAUCCCCGACACCGCGGAAGAGGCCAUCCUAGUGGAAUUCGAUCCUGAACAGGAGGCUAGGAGGCGCCACCAUAAGAACGUGUACGACGAAGACGACGAGAUGCACGGUUCUGGCCAGCGGGUGCAGUGCGCUACUAAUUAAUUUAAUUGGAUGUUUACGCAUCGCUAUUCCACGGGCAAGGUCCGAUUCGGUCGACUUCAUGGGAGACUUCAAGCUUCAGUACUUUUUUUAUUUUAUAUUUGGCAUUUAUGGAUUUUUAAUAAACGUAUUAUGUUGUGGGUGUA